CGCGGCGAUGGCGCCGCAGGGUGCCAAGGACGAUCUCAGCAUCGUCUACCACCCGUGCAAGCGCUACCGCCGCCCGCCCGCGCGCCGCCACAAUCCGCUGCUCGACACCAUCAGCUGCAUACAGGACGCGUGUGAUUCGGAUCAAGAGUUGGGGCCGCCGGUCGGCGCACCGUCGGGCCGCUCGACGGCGCAGAGGCUGGACAACGCAGACAAGGACUCCAUCGGCUACGCGGGCUCCAACUCGAUCGACUCGGGCUACAAGAGCUCGUGUCCCACGCCGGAGCCCGGCGAUGCGGGCCUGCUGCUGUACGCCGGCGACAGCAAGCGCUCCUCCAUCGCCGCGUCGGCGCAGAAGCCGCGCAUUGCCAUGGGCACCAAGGUCAUCAACAGGCACUCGCACCCGCAGUACGCGGGGCGGGACCUGGACCACCUCAUGUACCUGCGGCAGUCGAUCCUGAGCGCGAUGCAGCGGUACGAGCGCCAGGGCAGCGGAGGCGGCGGCGGCGGCGCGCGGCGCGGCGCGCUGUCGUCGUGCCCGCAGUCGCGCACGCACUCGCCGUCGCCCAGCGCGUCGCCGGCCGCCUGCCGCCUCGCCACGGCCGAGGAGGACAUCGACACGCUCCUGUACGGCCAGCCGUGCAGCUACGUCACCAUGAUCGAGGACAAGUACCGCCGCUCCAGCGUCGCCAGGGUCAAGAAGCUCAGAGAGAAGAGCCGCAGUGGCGGCCCGGCGGGCGCCGCGUCAUCGUCGAGCAGCGACAGCAGCUGCGCGGCCAGCCCUACGGGCGCCGGCGCGCGCUCGGGCCGCUUCUCCGAGGUGGCCAAGUGCAUGCUGGAGAUCAUCGAGGACCUGCAGAACCAGACGCAGUCGCCCCCCGAGCCGGCUCCGUUGCCGCCGUCGCAGCAGCCGGCCACCGAGUACCACGUGUACGAGGAGAUAAUGUACGAGAUGACGACGCGGCCGCGCGACGACCCGAAGCGCGUGCCGCCGCCGCUGCCGGCUCGGCCGCGCAGUUUCAAGCCGGCGGCCAGCCGCCCCAAGCAGCGCAGCAACCUCUACUCGCUGUUCCGCGAGCAGAGCGCUCGCCGCAACAUCUCGCAGUCGCUCGAGAAAGAGUUCCGCCGCGCGCGCCGCCAGUACUCGUCCUCCUCCUCCGACGAGGAGUACGGCUUCCGCGUGCACACGCAGUAGACCACCCUACCGCAUAUAUAUUCAUAUUUGUGUAGAACCCCCUGUCCGUAAAAGUCGUUAGCUAUGAUUUGUAUAAUAUCUAAAUUUCACGUACGACGGCCUGGGUAGUGUUACAGGCGGAGGAACAUUCCCGCUGUAACACGAACGCGACAAUAUUUUAAGACUCCUUAUACUUCUGUAAUUGGAAAAAUGGCAAAACCGUACCGUGUGUCAUCUGACAGUGUACGACGAAUACAGAAAACUGGAUGUGAGUACCAAACGCGAACACAUUUUCAGUGUGCAGGGACAGACACUACUGAUGUUGUUUUCUCGCCUAGGCACUGUUGCCCGACUCUUUUAGUUCCUGAAUAUGUUUAUAAUCCUCUUUAUUCUAUUCUUCUCUUCGUGCAAAUUAUGCCGAGAAAGAACGUGGCAGAAGCUUGUGUACAACGAAAAGUGUUAAAAGGUAGUCCUACAGUCUCAGCCUCAUUAUUCACGGUGCUGGGUGCCGGUUUACAACGAAGACUGUGCACGUGACACUCUACAAUGAAAGGGGGCUAUGAUGAUAAAUUCGAAACUAGUGAAACUUUGAAUCUAAAUGUCUUAUCCGAACUGAGGUCGAGGUUUCACUAGCAAACUCUCAAACUAAUAUAAAGUGUGUAAAUAGUACAACUUCUGUGACUAUUCGAACAUUAUUAAGUAUCUGUCAUAAUUUCCGAGCUACUCCUGAACGCAGCUGUUGAACUUGAUACACGCUCAAACACGUCUCUGAUGAACAUAGAAUGAUUAUGGUUAAAUCAUUAUUUUACGAAAAUUUUCAUGAAAUUGUGAAUUAUUUAGGUUAAAGUUCGAAUGACUAAUUCAGUGAAUAACUGUGCAUGUACGUGUCAUUUUUUUCCUCGAAAAAGCUAUUAACAUCACAGCCUCAUGUUGUCUGAGUGUCAUUAGCUCAAAACUGUCUCAAUUCAAAAUUCUACAAAGCUGUAAUAUACCUUCUAGUUCCUCCCACAACGACCUAAACUAAUGCCGAUGUCUUGUAAAUAAAAUGUUAUAUGUGUUUAUUUCAGCUGAGUAGUUAUAAUCUUGUAGAUCCUUUAUCCGAUCAGCAAGAUGCAAAAGAAUUUCUUGCCAAUUUUGGUUUAGAAAUAGUUUUACAGCUGAACAAAUUUUCGUUGUGAACUCAAGGCAUGAGUACAUAUCCAUAUGCGAAACAUUGCAUGUAAAUAAUUCCAUGCCAGUUUGAAGUGUCAUCAACAAGAUAAACUGUUUGGCUGUGCUUCCACAAUACUAGCGUGUCUGAAAAGCAAAACAGAAUUAUCGGUUUCACAAGUAUACCUUCAUUGUUGGAUUUACGUGAACUGAACAAUCUUUUAUUCUUUCUUAUGAAAAGGUUUUGUAAUUCCAGGAGGAGGUAAUAACUAAAAUUAAAGUGUCAAAUAAUAAAACAGUUUCAGUCAUAACUGUGUGCUCUCUACAGGUACUGGCUUUCACACUUGUACAAGACAGUAAAGACUGUAGUAUUACGCCAUUGCCGAUCUACAAUAAUUUUUUCAGCUGCAGUUGCACUUAGUUGAAUUGUGUAAUUAUAACCUUCCUCCCCACUUUUAAAACCUUUGCAGGAAAAAGUACUGAUCCUGAAAAACGAUACGGACAAGUUUUUUUUUGGUAGUGUAAUGUGAAUUUGUAGGUAUAAG